UUGCGUUGAUGCAGUCGUUGCGCAGGCUCGCAUCGAUUUUGCUCAGCUGAUACUUUGCUGCUGCAUUUCGCAGUUCUGCUCCGCUUGCGUAACACACAUAGGAAAUACAUAACAUGUUUUUCUGACAUUUCAAGUGUAAUUUUUUUUGCCUUUGCAGUGUGCAAUUAUCAUUACUGUUGCUAUUUCGUAUAUGUGUCGGUGAUAUCCGAUAACUGUCUUCCUGUAAAGAAAUUUGUUUACGCAUGCGUUCUUCAACUUGUGUCAAGGGCUGAACUCAAUAUCUUUGUAGUUGAAGAAGUGCUCUGAAUUGUACAGGAUGUAGCCAAUAUAAUAUCGAUAUGGCGUGAAAUUUUUCGACACGCGCCGGUCGAGAAGUACACGAAGAAGUACAGUCGUAGAUGGUGAAAAACGAAAGGCAUGUCUUCCGAAGAAAAACCAUGAGAACUUCCUCGCCCUCCUCCAGUACGAGUUCCGUGUACACCAGCGCCGACGAUGCACGUCGAUGCACCGGCUAUGAGAGGAGCCAGUUCCUUGACUUGGAGGAUGUCGGGACUACUUGGCUCCUCGGUUCGCAUUCCUCGCACGAUAGAUCCAAACGAAUACUCGAGAGAUUUAAAAUAGACAAAUCACGAUUUCGCGUACAUCACGUGAUCAUAAUCGGCGCUAUCGUAGCUGCACUAAUAAUCGCCAUAAUCAUCGGUCUAAGUGCGUACGCGCGUAACAGUACGUCUGAUUCACAAGAUAAUGAGUUUUUGGUGCCGCCCGAUCCAGAAAGCUUCCAGCCACCGUCGUGGAGUAAGUUAAGAACUUUCAAACGCGGUGCCGUUUGCGCGGACGGAGCACCAUGCGCUGUUAUCGGCAAGUCAAUUCUAGAACGGAACGGAUCGGCAGUGGAUGCUGCGCUAGCAGCGCUAAUAUGCAACGGACUCGUGAACAUGCAGAGUCUGGGUCUCGGUGGUGGUUUUUUGAUGACUAUUUAUCAAAGAUCCACACGCCAGACCUUCGUUCUCAAUGCAAGGGACCGCGCACCUUUGGCAGCGAAUUUUACGAUGUACGCUGGCAAACCCGCAAAUGCAUCUAGAUUCGGUGCACUGGCAAUCGCCGUACCCGGUGAACUGGCUGGUUAUUGGGAAGCUCAUCAACAAUUCGGUAAGUUGCCAUGGGCGGAUUUAUUCAAACCGAGCAUCGACCUCUGUGAAAAGGGCUAUGUUCUAACAUUAGUACAGUAUGACGGACUUUUAUAUAAUAAGAAGAGCAUUUACAAUGAUCCAACUUUGAGAGAACUGUUUGUCGAUCCUGCAACUAACGAGUUUCGUAAACCAGGCUCUGUAAUUAAACCCUAUACGCUUUGCGAAACUCUACGGACUGUUGCUAAGAAAAAUGCAACCGAAUUUUAUAACGGUACGAUUGGACAACUUCUCGUCGAUGAUUUACAAGAACAAGGAGGAAUAAUAACGAUGAAAGAUCUUAAUGAGUACAGAGUUUCGUGGAAUCAACCGAUACGAACAAAUUUUUCGGACGGGUUGGAACUCUUGACUACAGGAUUGCCUGGUAGCGGAGCUCUUCUCUCGUUUAUUCUCAACGUCUUCGAUGAUUACGACUUUACGCCAGCCAGCAUAACUGACUUUAACGCAACAAUCCUCACAUAUCAUAGAAUGAUAGAGACUUUCAAGUAUGCGUUCGCGUUAAGAACGAAGCUGGGUGAUGGAACUUUCAUCGAUAUGACCGAGAUAAUCAGAAACCUGACAUCGAAGAGCUUCGCGCGCUCGAUACGAGAGAAAAUAGAUGAUACAAGAACGUGGCAGGAUCCACAACAUUAUGGCUCUCCUGCCUAUACUAAUGUCGAAGACCAUGGUACCGCGCACGUGUCCGUGCUGACGCAGAAUGGUGAUGCGGUAUCGGUUACCAGCACCAUCAACUUUUAUUUCGGAAGCGGAAUAGUCAGCAGAAGAACCGGCAUUUUGUUAAAUAACGGCAUGGACGACUUCAGCAUUCCGUCGCAGUUCAAUUACUUCGGUGUGCCGCCAAGCCCCAACAAUUAUAUCGCGCCCAAAAAACAGCCAUUGUCCUCAAUGGUACCAUCCGUUCUGGUCGAUCGGAACGGUGACAUCAAAAUGGUCAUGGGUGCUGCUGGUGGUACAAAAAUUACGACGGCAGUAUCACAAGUGACAGCGAAAAUACUUUGGAUGGGGCGGACGGUCAAGGAGGCGGUGGAUUCAGCGAGGAUACAUCACCAGCUAUUUCCGCCCAAGGUGUCUUACGAGUAUGGGAUCCCUAAACAAGUGGUCGACGGUCUGAAACGUUUGGGACACGUCACAGAACGCUACAAACUUCGCGGCAGCGUAGCUUGUGUCGUACUGUAUGAAAAUUCCACAAUUUUCGCGAACGCUGAUUAUCGUAAAGGUGGCGAUGUGUACGGAAUCAAUUGAUUCGCAUGCGUGAGUCACCUUCCGGUGAUCCAGCCAUCAUUUUGUAGCAUAAACCUUCUGCGAAAGAUAAUAGACUUUGUUCAAACGAUGCCGAACAAAAUCUCAUGAUUAUAACACGGAUGUAUGCGAUCAAUCUUGUUAUUGUUAUUGGCGAGAUGUUCGUGUUUAAAAGAUCGAUAUGUCAGUAUUACCGUUCAAUAUAAAACUUUUACACUUUCUCGCUCACUGGUCGCACCUUGUUCUUACAUCGCUCUUCUUCCUUCCAACAUCUACAUUUAUCUUUCCUUUAAUUUUCGUAAUAUUGAUGUACACAAACCAGGCAAUGUAGAACACGAAAAUCGAGGAAUUUUUUUUCACAGUUGAUAUACAUGUUUGUACGAUUCGAAUUCUUAGCACAGUUGUAUGACGCUCCAUGGACGCUUAUUGAAAAUCUCUAGCCUUGUUGCGCUAUUUAUAGGCGUAAAACCUUGAUGUCGAUAUCACUGCGAUUUAUUUUCUGUUUUAAACUACUUUGGAUCACGUACCAAAUAUUGCACUUAGAUCCGGUUUCACAGUAUAUGGUUACCUAAAGAUUAAAGAUUACCAACAGAUUCAUCAAUAAAAUUUAUUCAUGAAUUUCUCGAUUACCUUUAAUCUUUAGGUAACCAUAUAUUGUGAAAUCGGGCCUUAAAUGUUAUCUACACAUCCCAAUC